AUGGUCCCGCUAGUGUGUGUUUUCUCCUCGCUGGGCAAGCUGAGAAAGAUACCUGCAGAUGGCCAUCAGAUCCUUGGAACGACCGGGCCUACCAUCACUAACACUGCCGAGGAUAGAAACAUGUGCUCCGAUCAGACCGAGAUACACGAGUGGCGAGCAUUGAUCGAGAAAGCUUUGAGUUUCUUCGAGAGAAUGGAUCGCUGGUCCGUGGCAGCNAAAAAGUCGCGCGACGUCGUAUCGCGGCUAUAUGGAGCCAGCAAGCUUCUCGCCAGCGGAGAUUUGGAGCACACCCUUUCUGUCCAGGCCCAGUCAGACAGAGUAAACAAUCCACCUCUCAAUCUGGCUACAGUCGUGGAUAGCCAAACUGCUCAGGAAUAUGUCUUUGAGAACACUCAACUACCCUACUCGGCUUCGGACAUGAUGACCGAGGACAUCUGGGGCUUGUCACCGAAUGGCGCUGCAGCGAUGAACAACUUCUGGUUCGAUGAUAUGAUGUGGGAGGACAUGUUUGAGAACACUGGCAAUGGGCUCUCUUACAGCGAGUUAGACUGGUUGGCAAGCUUGGACACACAGACUGGCAACGAUCAGACCUGGCAAGAUCAAUAA